ACGGGCUCCAAACAAAUAAGUUUUUAGCGCACAACUCGACUGAGGACUGUUCCGAGCUUUCGGGUGUUGUAGUAGUUACAUUGGUACGCGCAGUGUGCGGCAGAUUCCUAAAUUUUCGUACGACUUUCAAAACUAGUCCGUAACGUUAUCGCAAACCAGACGCAGAAUGUGUGCAAUAUUUUUCGCGAAAAUGUAAAAGGAAGAAAACGUGAACUUUUUUAUAAAUAAUAUACCUGACAAGAAGUCUUCGUAACAUCGUCCUGUUUUACCGAAAAAUAAAACUUUAAAUACGUAGAGAUAUUUAUCAACCAAAAGGCUUACUUAAUUUAAAUUUAAGUACAGUAGCAGCUUUAUUAGAUAGGAGAAGUGUCGCUGGUGUGUUAAAGUGUUGAAGAAUUGAAGACAUUUUAUUAUAUUCUCUAUUCUGUAGAUAAACAAGUUCGUACAUAUUUAUCUUCUGCGUCACAGUUCGACUAGUUCUGUUGUCCGGUUGUGUAAUAUAAAAGUUGUUUUUUAAAUCGGCCGGAAAAAAAAACGAUACAAUAUUCCUACUCACUCGGUUUUACGUAUAAUUAGUACGCGGAGUAGAGAUGUAUUUUAUCAGUGUUUUGUUGGUUUUUUUCGGUGUGGCCUAGCCGCAGUUGUUUGCCGUUAGAAAUAGUUACAAUAUCGGGUGCCCCUACACAUGGUGAUCCACAACGAAUCUUGAAAGUGCAAGCUGGCCAUGCGCCUCGGCCCGGCCCUGCUGGUGGCGCUGCUACUUCCUCUCAUAGCCAGGGCCGUACUUUCGAACACUUCAUUGAAAAAUGAAUCGGCACCGUCGUCAGAAUUCGGAGCGCCUUCAGGAUUUAACACAAUUUCCUCACAUAGCGCACCGAAAUCAUCAAGUGGAUUUUCAAAAACUCCUAAUCCAGUCAAUUCCAUACCCUUUACGGACAAACAAAAUGUCCUUCACAUUCGAGGAGGCAACGUCACCAGUAAUUGGUCAAAAUCAUUCGACGAUGACGGUUUGGACAUUAGGUACCAAAAUGUAUCUAACAAUACAAAUAAACCAAGCCUUACCGUGGAAAGCCUUAAGGUUGCGCCCUUAUACAAGAAAAAGAAUAUUACUGUAGGUUACUUAACAGCUGCAAAAGGUGACUUGAAGGAAAGGCAGGGCUUGCUUAUCUCGGGCGCAUUCACCAUGGCCCUUGAAGAAAUUAACAACGAUCCAAACCUUUUACCAAACGUGACCCUCGUUUAUCGUUGGUAUGACACAAGGGGAGACACUGUUCUAGCAACCAGAGCUAUGACUGACAUGAUCUGUGAUGGGGUGACGGCUUUUUUUGGACCUGAGGGUUCCUGUCAUGUUGAAGCCAUUGUAGCACAGUCUCGAAAUAUACCUAUGAUAAGCUAUAAAUGUUCUGACCAUACAGCGUCAAGUGUUCCGACUUUUGCUAGAACUGAACCUCCCAAUACCCAAGUUACAAAAUCUGUGAUAGCCUUACUAAGUUAUUAUGGUUGGCAAAAAUUUUCCAUUAUUUAUGAUCAAGCUUGGGAAACGGUUGCAGAGUCACUUGUAGAUCAAGCUGUAAAAAAGAAUAUGACGAUAAAUGUUAAGAAAAGUGUAGGUGACAACCACGAAUGCUGUGAGAGAAAGCUUCCAUGUUGUUCCAGUAGCUAUUGGUACCAAUUUAUACAAGAUACAAAAAACAGGACUAGAAUUUACAUUUUCCUAGGGACAUCUAUGGCUUUAAUCGAUCUCAUGAAUACAAUGCAAACAGCUCAACUAUUUGAUAAGGGAGAGUAUAUGGUUAUCUAUGUUGAUAUGAACACAUACUCUUCCAAAGAAGCGCUUAAGUAUCUCUGGAAACCUGAAACGUUUACCAAAUAUAGCAACUGCAUCUCCCACCAAAAAGAUUUUCUAAAGAGAGGCAGAUCCCUUUUGGUGGUCGUUUCCACGCAACCCUCGCAAAAUUUCCAGGAAUUCGCGAAUAGAGUCAACGAAUAUAACAAAAGGGAACCUUUUGGGUUUGACGUGCCCGACAAAUUCGCACUUCGCAAUUAUUCCAAACACGUUUCCAUUUACGCUGCAUAUCUUUAUGAUUCCGUGAAACUGUAUGCAAAAGCUUUACAUAAAUUGCUAAGCGAAGAAAAAAUUUUGAAUGAUUCUAUAAUUGAAGAAAUAGCCAGUAACGGCACUAGAAUUAUACAAACUAUUAUUGAAUCAGGAACAUACCAGAGUAUAACUGGAGCAACGAUGAGACUAGAUAAAAAUGGAGAUUCAGAAGGUAAUUUUUCUGUUUUGGCUUUGAAGAAGGUUCCCGAUAGUCAAUCCCACGUUCGGUCCAAUUUCACCUGUCAUUUUCAGAUGGUACCUGUUGGACAGUUUCAGCAAGGGGAUUUUCCAAAGUACAAAAUAAAUCGGCAAAUAGAUUGGCCAGGCGGUGUAAAGCCGGACGAUGAACCGAGCUGUGGGUUUAAUAACGAAAUGUGUCCUAAAAAUGAUACACAUUUAAAUAGUAUUAUUGCUGCUGGAACUUUGGCCAUCAUGCUGUUUUGUGCGGGAGUCAUAACCAUGAGUAUUUAUCGAAAAUGGAAAAUCGAGCAAGAAAUUGAAGGUUUACUUUGGAAAAUCGACCCCAACGAAAUUCGUGAUUAUUAUGAGCACGACAUAGUACAAUCUCCAAGCAAAGCAAGUCUUUACAGUGCAAGCGCUACGUCCUUUGAGUCACAUGGAGGUGCGCAAGUUUUCGCAACCACUGCUACUUACCGAGGGGUGAUUGUUAGGAUAAAGGAACUAUCAUUUUCCAGGAAAAAAGAUAUUUCUAGAGACGUGAUGAAAGAAAUGCGUUUAUUGAGGGAACUGAGGCACGAUAACAUAAACUCUUUCAUAGGUGCCUGUGUUGAACCGAUGGCUUUGCUACUAGUCACUGAUUAUUGUGCCAAAGGAAGUUUAUAUGAUAUUAUUGAGAAUGAAGAUAUAAAGCUGGAUAAAAUGUUUAUAGCUUCACUAGUCCAUGAUCUCAUCAAAGGCAUGUUAUAUAUACAUAAUUCCAUGUUAAUUUGCCAUGGAAAUCUUAAGUCUUCAAAUUGUGUCGUUACAAGCAGGUGGGUGUUGCAAGUAACAGAUUUUGGAUUAGCUGAAAUGAGAGCCUGUGCAGAAAAUGAUAGUAUUGGAGAACACCAAUAUUACAGAAGUUUAUUUUGGAAAGCCCCUGAAAUACUUAGAAAUCCUCAGGGUUACAUUAGAGGAACACAAAAAGGAGAUGUGUAUGCGUUUGCCAUAAUUCUUUAUGAGAUCAUUGGACGGAAAGGCCCAUUUGGUGCUACAGGUUACGAACCAAAAGAGAUAAUAGAAUUUGUGAAAAAUUCUGGAGAAAACUGCGAUGAACCUUUUAGGCCUAACUUGGACGCUUUGUUGGACACAGAAAUGGGUAGGGAAGAUUACGUUUUACAAUGCGUCAAGGAUUGUUGGGCUGAAAAUCCUGAUAACAGACCAGAUUUUGCCUCUGUUAGGGGUAGACUGAAACGAAUGAAAGACGGGAAGAACAGGAAUAUUAUGGACCAAAUGAUGGAUAUGAUGGAGAAGUAUGCAAACAAUUUAGAAGAUCUCGUCACUGAACGAACCAGACUUUUGGACGAAGAGAAGAAGAAAACUGAAGAUCUUUUGCAUCGUAUGUUACCGAAACCUGUAGCCAAUAGACUUACAAUGGGUUACGGUGUAGAACCGGAAUCGUUUGAUCAAGUGACGAUUUAUUUCAGCGACAUUGUCGGUUUCACAUCGAUGUCCGCAGAAAGUACCCCAUUACAAGUUGUCAAUUUUUUGAACGAUCUUUACACAGUAUUCGAUCGCAUAAUCAAAGGUUACGAUGUUUAUAAAGUGGAAACAAUUGGAGACGCGUACAUGGUCGUUUCGGGACUUCCCCUUCGAAAUGGAGACAAACAUGCUGGAGAAAUUGCAUCAAUGUCUUUGGACCUUUUGAACGCUGUGAGAAACUAUUCGAUAGCACAUCGACCAAAAGAUACUUUGAAGCUUAGAAUAGGAAUUCAUACUGGUCCAGUUGUAGCUGGAGUGGUUGGUUUGACAAUGCCUCGGUAUUGUCUUUUCGGAGACACCGUUAAUACAGCGUCAAGGAUGGAAAGUAACGGAGAGCCUUUAAAAAUACAUAUCAGCGUACAGUGCAAAGAAGCUUUAGAAAAAUUAGGGGGUUAUGUGGUCGAAGAACGGGGACAAGUCUAUAUGAAAGGUAAAGGAGAAGUUCUUACAUACUGGCUUUUAGGAGCAACAGAUAAAGCAAUACAACGACGAGAAGUAGAUAUUGGAGAUCUACCUCCUCUUUUCUGUCGGCCCCGAAAAAGCCCAAAGUUAAAUAAUGAAUCUAGACAAGCUUCUAUAUGUGGCGCUCUCGGUUUUAGUGGAUUUGGAAGUAGAAGACAUUCUAGUGUACCAAGAGGGACGAGUAUUGAUAGCACUUCCACGGUACACAACGCGAGUCCUGUACCUUCGCGUUUUUCGUCCUUUAAAGCCUCGAACCGUUUAGCGUUGCAGGUUCCAGAUAGCGGAUCCCGUUUAACAAUAAAUAGUGCAAUUAGUCAAGCGUUCGAAAACGUGGAACAACUCGGUGGAAGAAGAGGAAUACGUCCGAGGAGAGUUUUGUCGAGUAUAGCGUCGAGUUGUGACGAGCCCGUUAAAAGUCAAGGUUUUUUGAACAAAAUUAGGGAAUCCCGAUCUCUCGAUCCUCUGCCUUUAGUCAAAACAAAACAGAAAGAACUGUCUAGCCAAUUUAUUGAGGCGCUUAGGAGAAGUACAAGGUCGCUCGAAAAUUGUGAUAAGUACGGUGAGGUGCAGAUAAUAGCAAUUCCAGAAGACAGACUUGUUAAUAACAACUUUCCCAACGGUAAUGUACUGAAUCCACAACAACAGGAGGAAGAUUUUUGUCUCAAAGAGGACGUGAAGGAACCCUUGUUGCAAUCGAAUCCAAAUACAACAAUUUUGCACAGGAGGAAAGCCAAUGACGCGGGGAAUGAACAGUUGCAAAAGAAGUGGCGAUCCUUGGAAACUGUACCUGCUAGUGGAGAUCAAAUCUCUGCUGAUAACAACAAGAAGAAACUCCUUCCUAAAAAUUCUAUUAGAACGUGGCUUGCAGGUAUUUUUAAUGGAAACGGCCUAAGAUCGAGUAACGCGUCUUUAGGAAAAGCAGUCAUGCCAGAUUAUAAUAAUCUUCAGGCCGAAAAGGAGAGCAUAGUUUAGUUUCUACAAAUAAUCAAGGUAUAGCUUCCGUUUGAAUUGUGAAUUUCUUCUCUAGCAAUUUUCGUUAAUUUCAUUUUGAGAGAAUUAUUUUGAGGCGAUUUUCAGCAAGUAGUCUGUACAUCACUUUAUAUACGGGUUUUAGAAAUUUAUUUAAUCAAAAAAAAGAGGAACCGGUGAAACGCGUCUUAAAAUAUUUCUUCAAACGAUUUUUGCGAACAUUGCCGAAGCAAGAAAUGAGAGAACUGACGAGGAAGAAAUGGUUGCA